UCGGCGCAGAACGGUUGCCGCGAACUUGCAGCGGCAUUCGCACGUGGACCAUCGUCGCUGCCGGUAGUGUGCAAGUUUGGGCACAAAAAUAGAAACAUAAUAAACGACGAAUCACAUUGCCUCGCGAACCCUCUUGCUUGGUGCCAGAAAAAAAUUGCGUUUAUUUUCGAGGAAAUGCGCUUUGGCUUCCUUGCUCAUUCGGUCAUCGACGAAAGUGCAUUGUUGCUGUUUUUCUUAUUCCAAUAACUUAUCAAUUCGUCAAAUUUUUAAUUAUUGUGUUAAAUCUGUGCCAUUUUCCACUGUGUGAUUAUCUCAUCCCUUUUUUUCUUUCGUGCAUUCUGGGAUUACGAUUACGGAUAUUUAAAACUGAGCUGGUCUGCUCCAAAAUCGACGAAAUUGAAAACAUUCCGGGCAACAUAAAUGCUGCGUAGUCUGUGAUAAAGAGUUAGAGUCUUAAGGAGGAGGUACUUAGGGGAAGCUGGUUGAAAAACCAGCAAUUGUCAUUAACCUGUCGGGCGAAAUAGUGUCGAAUUUUUGGAGAAUGCUGAUGCCUGGAGCAGCAGGUCUCAGUGCCGUUGGCACAGUAGGAGCUCCAGGUCCAGAAGACCUGGUGGCAGGUCUAGGGGCCCUGGCUGGAACAACCCCACAACAGAAGGACACCACGUGGACAAAACUCUUUGUCGGUGGCUUACCCUAUCACACGACGGACAAAAGUUUGAGGGAACAUUUUAAUGUUUAUGGAGAUAUCGAGGAGGCAGUAGUCAUCACGGAUAGGCAAACUGGCAAAAGCAGAGGAUAUGGUUUUGUAAUCAUGGGUGACAGACCAGCGGCCGAGAGAGCAUGUAAAGACCCCAACCCCAUAAUCGAUGGUCGUAAAGCAAAUGUUAAUUUGGCGAUACUUGGUGCGAAACCCAGAGGAAAUCUGCAAGCGACAUUCCCAUUCGCUGCAGGUAUUCGUGCCGGUUACCCCACAGUCCUUCCUAGCCAGUAUGGUGUACCACCUGGUUAUAUGUACCAAUCACCGUACCUGACAGCCGCGGCCCCGGGAGGCCUGGUACCACUUCCGGCGACGCAGCUGAGCCACGCAGCCGCCGUAGCUGCUGCCUCGCAGUUCUACGAGUACCAGAAUGCAGCAGCCGCUGCAGCGACCUAUCCUGGAACAUCGUACAACUUCGCCGAGGCGUACUCGCCCUAUUCUAGUGCAGCGGCCGCCGGUAUGUGUUUGAAAAACGCUACGAGCAAAGGCAACGACACCAACCUGACUCACCUACACCACAGUCAGCACAGCAACCUCAACCAGACCCUGCUGGCACAACAUCGCUUGGGAAAAGCGCUCCUGCCACAAUAUCUGCCAACCAUACUCCGCGGCAAUGCAAAUGCAGCAGCUGCUAGUUAUGUUACACCCUACACAUAUGCAACUUUGCAAGGAGCCGGAGGAUUGCAAGCUGCAGCGACAGCGGGUGCAGCUUUUCCUGGAUUGCAGUACCAAACGAAUCCUCAAGAAGCUAGGCUUCAAUAGAACAGCUCAACUAAAUUCUGGAUCGUUAAAAUAAUCAACUAAUCUCGAAAUCUUAAUCUAGGUAUCGAAAAUCUUAUCCUGUAGUACACUUCGUCUCUUUUUGUAAACGCUAUUCAUCUCGGCUCAAACCGCUAACGAAUUAUCACCUUGCCAUUCUAUCCCUGUUGGGAAAUCAUCACAGAUAAAGAUUCAAUAGGAAAAUUUAUUGACUUGAAUUUGAUAACGGUUGCGAAUUUUCUAAACGGAAAUGAAGCUCAAUACUUCAUUAGACAAAGGUUCUAUUUUCAAGGAGGUUGUGACUUUCAAGUUUUUUUUACUUCCCAACGGGCCUUUCCACUUUUCUUAUUUCACCAUUUUUGUGAAUCUUGUUGAGAUUUUAUUACGAUUUCAUUUUGAAUUAUGAUUUCGGUACCUCCAUGUUGAAAGAAUCGAGAGACUUUAAGAAAUUUUGAUAAUUGGCCGUCUAAACUCUUAAACUGAGCAUUCUAAACUAACCAUCUUUAAUUCGAGUUUAGAGGGAUAAUGCUUUUUAAAAGGCUGUCUAAACUCUAAGCUAACCACGGUUAAUUUAAAGUUUAGACGGCUAAUGCCCUUUAAAAAAUUCAGAUGAUUCAAGGAAUUCAAAGAACUAAAUGAAAUUCAAAGGGAUUCAAAAAUAAUAUAUGAUAUAUUAUAAAUAAUCCACUAAGUGUUAUUUGCUAAAAAUAUAUCUGUUUUUUACCUCGUGUGUGUAUAUAAAUGCGAGGCCAACUCAAAAAGUAAGGGUGCUUUGGCCGUAUAAACUCUAAACUGACCAUUCUUAACUAAGCAUGCUUAAUUUAGAGUUUAGACGACCAUGCUUUUACAAAAGGUCAAAUAAUUUGAAGAGCUUAGAUAAUUGGCCGUCUAAACUCUAAAGCAACAAUUCUAAACGAACCAUGAUUCAUUUUGAAUUUUGCUAGCCAAUGCUGUUAAAGAAACUCAUUCAUUUAACGAACUUAUAUAAUUGGCCGUCUAAACUCUAAACUGACCAUUCCAAAAUAUCCAUCAAUAAUUUAGAGUUUAGACGACCAAUGAUGUUAAAGAAACUCAGAUAAUCAUAGGAACUUAGGUAAUUGGCCGCCUAAACUCUAAAGCAACCAUUCUAAAUAAACCAUUAUAAUUUUGAGUUUAGACGGCCAAUGGUCUUAAAGAAAGGCAGAUGUUUCAAGGAACUUUUAUAAUUGGCCGUUUAAACUCUAUGUUAACCAUUCUAAUCGAACCAUGAUUCAUUUAGAGUUUAGACGGCCAAUGUUUUUCAAGAAACGCAGAUAAUUGAAGGAACUUCGAAAAUUAGCCGUCUAAACGCUAAAUCAACUAUUCUGAAUAAACCAUGAUUAAUUUUGAGUUUAGACGACCAAUGAUCUUAAAGAAACUUAGAUAAUUGAAGGAACUUAGAUAAUUGACGUCUAAACUAUAAGGUAAGCAUUCUAAACCAACCAUGUUUAAUUUAAUGUUUAGACUUCCAGAUAAUCCAAGGAAUUCAAAGAAUUAAAUAAAAUUUAAAGGGAUUCAUAAAUAAUAUAUAAGAUAUUAUAAAUAAUAUACUAGGUGUUAUUUCCUGAACAUCUAUCUGUUUUUAACCUUGAAUGUGUAUUAAAAUUUGAGGCCCACUCAAAAAGCAGGAGUGCAUUGACCGUCUAAACUCUAAACUAACCAUUCUAAACUAGCCAUGUUUAAUUUAGAGUUUAGGCGGACAUGCUCUUAAAGAAACUCAGAUAUUUCAAGUAACUUAGAUAAUCGGCCGUCUAAACUCUAAACUAAAUAUUUUAAACUAUCCAUGAUUAGUUUAGAGUUUAGACGGCUAAUGUUCUUUAAAAAACCUAGAUAAUUCAAGGAAUUGAAAGAACUAAAUGAAAUGCAAAGGGAUUCAUAAAUAAUAUAUAAUAUAUUAUAAAUAAUACACUAAGAGUUAUUUGCUAAAAAUCGAUCUGUUUUUUACCUCGUAUGUGUACUUAAAUGCGAGGCUAACUCAAAAAGCAAGAGUGAAUGUCCGUCUAAACUCCGAACUAAUCAUUCUAAAUAAGCCAUGCUUAAUUUCGAUUUUAGACGACCAAUGCUCUUUAAAAAACUCAGAUAUAUAAUUCAAGAAACCAACUUAAUUGGCCGUCUAAACUAACCAUAGUUAAUUUAAAGUUUAGACAGCGACGGCCAACGCUCUUAAACAAACGCAGAUAAAUCAAGGAACUUAAAUAAUCGGCCGUCUAAACUCUAAACUAACCAUGGUUAAUUUAGAGUUCAGACGGCUAAUGCUCUUUAAAAUUCAGAUAAUUCAAUAAACUCAGAUAAUUCCAUAAUAGUAUAUAUUAUAAAUAACCUAAGAAAUAUUAUUUACUAAAACUUUCGCCGAAAAAGAACGCAUAUUGCGUUGGUCGUCUAAACUCUAAAUUAACCAUGCUUAGUUUAGAGUGCAGAAGAGUAAUCCACUUGAAGGAAUUUAAAGGGAUUUAUAAAUAAUAUUAGAUUAUAAUAUAUUAUUAAUUAUAUUAUAUUUUAAACAAUAUAUUAUAUUUUGUAAAUAAUAUUCUAAUUAUUACUUACUAAAUCAGUCUGCCUUUUGCCUCGUAUACGUACUAAAAUGAGAGGCCAACUCGAAAAGCAGAUUGGUCGUCUAAACUCUCAACGAGUUUAGACGGCCCGAGGACUUCUUUUGACAUGGAGGUAUCGAUUUUUAUUACCCAUGAUAGAUUCAAAAUUGUUUUUAAUUUCUUUUUAAACUGUGGAAUUGUAGGUUCAGAAUGAUUUUUAUACUCUAGUAUUAAUAAUGAAUGAUUUCACAUCAAAUCGACCUGUUAAAAACAGCAAAUCUCUUCUGACUAAUCUUCCCUAAUCUUCCCCUUGGAGCCAAAAAUUGGCGGAAGCAUGGCGCAAACGCCUCCAAAGAGAAGUAGAUGUUAAUGUUAUACUAUUUAUAAAACUGCGAUUUUGUCUUUCGAUUUUUUGUGGGCAAAAAAUCAAUCGGAAGACGAUGUUGAUUGUAAAAUAUAAUUAAACUCAAAGUAGAGAAUUAGAGAGAAAAAAGGAAUUAUUAAGUAAAAAACGGUCUAAACUGUUGUGUCCACUAUUUCUACUGUAAUGUCACUUUGAAUCGAGGCUCGCGAUGAAGGGAAUUCCGUCGCUUUAUUUUAUAUUCUUUUUUUAAAGAUGCGAUCGCCCCUUCGUAUUUCUUAUUCAAAUCGCUCCCCAAAUAUUCUAGGAGCAACUGGAAAAAUGUUUGAUAGAAAGAAACAUUUUUUAUUUAAUUCUGAAGUUAGCUUUAUUUCAGAUUGCCUUCCUUUUUUUGAAGCUCGAAUCUCAAAUAUUUUAAUUUCGAAAAAGCUCGAAUUUUAAAUAGUUUUAAAUUUGAAAUCGCUUCCAAAUUGGAAUACUUUUUAUUUUUCUUCUAUAUUUAUUUAUUUCGUUUUUAAAAUUAAGUUCUUAAACAUUUCUUCAGUUGACCCUAAUUUGUUUUUUCUUCGACUGACUUGAUUCGUAAUGUUAUAUCAACUAAUCUAAGAAAAAAAAUCGUAGCUCGUGCAGCUUACCAGCGAAAAUAGAAAUUAAAUUAAUAUUGUUGAACUCUAACCGCGGUUGCCUUACGAAAUCUGUCAGAAGUCGAAGCUUGUCUUAUUUCUGAGGCCUUGUGUCAAUGACAAUGGAUCCAAAAGGACGUAGCUUUUUGCGAGAAUAAAGAAAAAGAUAUAAAACAUGUUAUUUUAUACGUAAUUCGUCCAAAGUGAAUAUUGACAAGUAAUUGACAAGUGCCUUAGAAAAGCGCUGGUGCGAUCGGUUAGAAACUAGUCAGUGUCACCUUAGGGUGGCCCUACAUUUUCAAAAUCGGUUUUUUUCUCAGUCCCUGGUUUUUUCCAUUGUCCAAAAAAAUAUGUAAUUUGAGCAAAAUUUUGAGCUCAAAUUUUGCUCCAAAUUUUAGUAAAAUUGAAAUCGUAGAAUCCGACGUCGUAUACCAAAUUUUGACGUAAUUUACAACUUAGGAUCCUUCAAAUUCCUUCAAAUUUGAUUUUGUUCAUAUUUUGCUCAAAGUUUGAGAAAAAUCGGAACUGUAGGAUCCGAAGUCGUAUAAUAAGUUGAUUAUUAUCCCAAAUUUCGACGUAAUUGACAACUAAGGAUCCUACGAUUUCGAUUUUGCUCAAAAUUUGAGCAAAAUUGAGACUGUAGAAUCCAACUUUGUAUAAUACGUCGUUUACUAUCGCAAAUUCCAGGUGUUCACAAAUUUGGAUCGUACGAUUCUACGCUUUUGAUUUUGUUCAAAUUUUGCUCAAAAAUUAAACAAACUUUAGAUCUUAGCAUUCGACGUUGCCUAUUAUCCUAAAUUUUGAAGUAGGUUACAACUUUUAAUCCUACGAUCGUACGAUAUCGCUAAAAUUUUGAGCAAAAUUUGAGCAAAAUCGAGAUAGUAGGAUCCGAAAUUGGUCGUUUGCUAUACCAAAUUUCGUCGUAGUUGACCACUCCGGAUCCUACAGUCCAGUGAUUUCGAUUUUGCUCAUAACUUGAGCAAAAUAUGGUAUCGUAGCAUCAAAAUUGAUCAAAUUUGUAGAUUAUUUUAUAGGUAUUCGAAAAAAUCUAAGGAGUCAGAGUAAAAAAAUCUUCUUUUGACAAAUAAAUGCCACUCUAGUGUCACGUUUGUAAAUGAGACGCAGAGAGAAAAGUGGAUGAGUGAAAAAGUCGAAAAAAAGAGAGUGAGAGGAGAAGAGCGAGAGAGUCAAUUAUGAAGGAUCGUUUUUAGAUUUGAGGCCAUCUAGUCCUAAAAUUGGAGGCCUUGGAGAGCCUAGAAAUCGAUGAUUUGAAAUAUUUAGAAGGCUUAGCAAAAGUCGAUAGACAAAAGAAGUUGAAACGUCUGUAUGUAUAAAUGAAAUAAGCGAGGACGCAGAAUGUAGGUUUAAAUAUUAUAUAAUAGGACAAAUAGUAAUAUUAGCGUUAUUAGGAAGAUAUAAUAAUUAAUUAAAUUUUUCUUAUUAAUUAUUAUUAACGAUUAUUGCCAUUAUUAUUAUUUCUAUUAUAUUAUUAUUAUAUUAUUAUUAUUAUUAUUAUUUUAUCAGUAAGAUAGUUAUUACUGUUUUAAUAUGUCUCAAUAUGGCUACCGAUUAUGACUAGAAUUAUAUAUAGGUAAUGCUAUUACUUAAAAGGUAAAUAUGUACUUAAAGAAAAUGAAAGAAAAUCGGAAAAAAGGCGCUACAUCGUCAAUGGCAGUCUAGGUCUUGACAUCCUACGUGCUUAGAAUUAACGACUGUAAUAUAUACAUAUAUUUCUUGUUAACUACAAUACUAUCAAUAUUGCCGUACGACAUAUUAGUUUAAUGAAAAAGAAGCAAAAUAUAUUGUCUCUAAGAGAA